ACCGCAAAAGAGAAAAAGGUGAAAAUCGUGUGUGCGGAACGUCCUGCUGGUGAUUCUCGUGCAGCAGAAAAAUCCAAUUUUCAUCGGUUUUUCGGAUAGUAUAAUGUACGUGUAGGUUGGCAAUCGGAACUACGAGAAACCCGCAACGCAGUCACGAUGGCACAACUUUUGCUCGGCAGAACUAGCUUCAACCCCCGCUUUACGUCGGUCCGUCCGGCAGUGUACGCCCUUAGCCGGGUCAAUUUUUCCGGCUUUACACAAAGUGGAGAUCGAAGCAAGAACCAGUACCAGUACAAACAUCAAUACUUUCGGCAGGGGCCAAACUUCGGCGGCGGUCACCAAUGGUACCAACAGUCUCGUGGUUAUGGGAUGCUGGUGGCCCGGGUGCUUCGAGGAGCCCUCAAACUGCGCUACCUGGUGUUGGGUGGGGCUAUCGGGGGAGGCGUCACACUGAACAAGCGCUACGAAGAAUGGAAAGACGGUCUGCCGGAUAUGAAGUGGCUCGAGGAAGUUUUCCCGGACAAUGACAAGUGGGCCAAGUUUACCUCGAGUUUACUUAAGGUGAAAGAUUCCGUUAAGGAUUCCAUCGAGAUCGAUCCACGCUUAAAGCAGUUAAGUGAGAAUAAGAUUAACGAGUGGCGUGAGUGGUUCGAUCGUCGUCUGGAUAAUGCCAUCGAAGCGGCUGAGACUCAAAAGAAUGAGCAGAUUGAAAGUUCCUUCCAGAAUCUAUCAGAAUUCGUAUCCGAUUUGUAUGGAGCCACCAAAGAGGAAUUGCGCAACAAAAACACCGUCAAUGCUAAGAGUUUAUCGACCGAGGAAAAUCGUCGACGUAACGAAACCCUCCAGGGACAGGUUGAUUCGUUGCAAACCGAAAUCAUGAACGUACAGCUGAAGUAUCAGCGCGAGAUCGAAAAGUUGGAGAAGGAAAAUCGAGACCUCCGGCAGCAGUAUCUGAUCAUGAAAACGAACCGCAAACAGUCGACGAAAAAGCGCAUCAAGAAGUCGUUGAUCGAUAUGUAUUCGGAGGUGCUGGAUGAACUUUCUGGGUACGAUACCAGCUACAGUACCGCCGAUCAUCUGCCUCGAGUGGUUGUGGUCGGGGAUCAGAGCAGCGGUAAAACGUCUGUCCUGGAGGCUAUCGCACAGGCACGCAUUUUCCCUCGUGGUAGCGGUGAAAUGAUGACCAGGGCACCGGUAAAGGUGACACUAUCCGAAGGACCCUACCACGUGGCUCAGUUCCGAGACUCCGAUCGGGAGUAUGAUUUAACGAGGGAAAGCGACUUAGCCGAUCUGCGGAGAGAUGUUGAAAAUCGGAUGCGUAACUCUGUUAGAGGUGGAAAAACUGUUAGUAUGGAUGUCAUUUCGAUGACUGUCAAGGGUCCAGGUUUGCAGCGAAUGGUACUAGUCGAUCUGCCGGGUAUUAUUUCGACACAAACGGUGGACAUGGCAGCUGACACCAAAGACUCGAUCAAACACAUGACCGAGCAUUACAUGAGCAAUCCAAAUGCGAUCAUUCUGUGCAUUCAGGAUGGUUCGGUCGACGCUGAACGAAGCAACGUAACGGAUCUGGUUUCCCAGUGUGAUCCACUUGGCAAGCGAACCAUAUUUGUUUUGACCAAGGUCGAUAUGGCAGAGGAUUUGGCGGAUCCGAAUCGUAUUAGAAGAAUCCUCUCGGGAAAACUGUUCCCAAUGAAAGCACUCGGCUACUUUGCCGUGGUCACGGGACGAGGUCGAAAAGACGAUUCCAUCGAAACGAUUCGCGAGUACGAGGAAAAGUUCUUCAAAAAUUCCAAACUGUUUCAAAGCGGCGUUACGAUGUCGCAUCAAGUGACAACCAGAAAUCUCAGCCUGGCGGUGGCCGACCGUUUCUGGAAGAUGGUUCGGGAAACGAUCGAGCAACAGGCCGAUGCCUUCAAGGCAACCCGGUUCAACUUGGAAACGGAAUGGAAAAAUAAUUUCCCACGACUCCGUGAGUCCAGUCGAGACGAAUUGUUUGAGAAAGCCAAGGGCGAAGUUCUAGACGAGGUCGUUAACCUUUCGCAAAUAUCCUCUAAGAAAUGGGAAGAACUACUCAACGAUAAACUCUGGGAAAAACUGAGCAACUACGUUUUCGAAAACGUUUAUCUACCAGCGGCACAAUCCGGCUCUCAGAAUUCCUUCAACACAAUGGUAGAUAUCAAAUUGCGCCAGUUUGCUGAACAAGCACUGCCGGCGAAAUCGGUAGAGGCUGGCUGGGAAGCCCUACAAAAGGAGUUUCAGCAUCUGAUGGAGGUUGCCCGGAAAACCCCCGACCACGACGAUCUGUACGAUAACCUGAAGUGCGCUGUCAUUGAUGAAGCCAUUCGGCGGCACUCGUGGGAAGACAAAGCGAUCGAUAUGCUUCGGGUGAUCCAGUUAAACACUUUGGAGGAUCGUAGCGUACACGAUAAGCACGAAUGGGAUCAGGCAGUUCGAUUUUUCGAAUCUUCGGUGAAAGAAAAACUACAGCAGACCGAACAAACGAUUGCAGAAAUGUUUGGACCUUCGUUCUAUCAGCGAUGGGCCCAUUGGCGGUACUCGACGGAGGACCAAAAGAAACGAUUGUACGUCAAGAAAGAGUUGGACGGACUCCUGGGCAGUGAUAUGAAGCAUUCACCAAUGUUGAGCUACGACGAACUGACGACGGUUCGGAAAAAUCUUCAACGAGACAAGAUCGAGGUCGAGACUGACUACAUCCGCGAAACGUGGUAUCCCAUCUACAGGAGACACUUCCUUAAGCAGGCGCUAAACCGGGCAUACGAUUGCCGGAAGGCUUACUACCUGUAUUCGCAGCAGGGUGCCGAAUGUGAUGUGAACUGCAGCGAUGUGGUGCUGUUUUGGCGGAUUCAACAGGUUAUCAAAAUAACGGCCAACGCGUUACGGCAGCAGGUCAUCAACCGGGAGGCUCGUCGGCUUGACAAAGAGAUCAAAGAAGUGCUCGAUGAGUACGGCGAAGACGACGACAAGAAGGAACAGCUGCUGACCGGCAAACGAGUCACACUGGCCGAAGAAUUGAUCAAAGUGCGACACAUUCAGGAAAAGUUAGAAGAAUUCAUCAACGCUCUCAACCAGGAAAAAUAAACUGUCACGCACAACUUGGUUCGUAUCGGAUCCGGAAGAUUUUUUUUGGAACUAUCUUCUAGUCUAAAAGACAGAAGAGACGAAAAAAUGUACAGCAUUCAAACCCUAGCGCAAGCCGUAUGCGCGGAAAGGUGAAGUGAAGUCCAACUAAAACAUUUGCAGCGGUAUCACCGUGUUUCCUUAAGAUUAAUAUGCGAUUCCUGAGGGAAAUCUUACGAUUUCAAUGCAAGGCAAAGCUACCUACCUUAUUUAUUUUAGAGUGAUUGUGUUGUAGUGUGAAAAAUCCCACUAAGCGGCUCGAAACCAUUAUCUGGGAAUCAUCGUUCCAUCUACAGUUUUUGCACACUUUCAGAAGAGAAGCGCCGUAUCUCGCCGAAAUUAGUGUUAUUUGUACUUUUAUUUUUUUUUACAUUUUUACUUGAACUCAAGCAUUAUUGAAAGGCUGUUCAAAAGUACGGCUUAAGCAUAACUCAUCGGAUAAUUCGGUCGCUUUACGAUUGUGCAUAAUAGUUUGUAAAAUAGUUGAACACAUAACAGCUGCCAAUAAAAAAAAUGCCGAGAACAGGAGAAAAACAUAAGUUGAAUGAUUGAAGAAAAAUAUAAUGUUGGCUAAAUGA